AUGUCCUACUCUGGCCAAAAUUCUGCUCUCCACGCUCUCACUCCCUUGACCAACACGGACUCCUCACCACCCGGCAAGCCGCUGAGCCCGCGCUCGAUGAAGCCUGUCGAUGGCGCUAUGCACGCGUCCUCCACCGCCUACGUCGCGCACCCUGCUGACCUCCCCCAAAAUGCCUCCGAGACGAUGACGCCCGUCCACACCCCUCCCGAUGAGAGGACACAAGCGCGCCCCGGGCCUGGCGAGGAAAAGGGCGAAAAGAUUGCCUACGACCCUCUGCUCGACCACAAACUACAGAGCCUACCAAGGCACGAGCGGAAGCUACGGGGCGAUGACGACCCGAUACCGCCACCAGACCCCCGUUUGGCAAUACCUGGCUACUCAUCUGGGAACUACGAUGCUAAGAAAAUGAAAACAAAAGUUCGCACGGCUCCGUACAUGUUGAAGCCCUACGCCUUCGACCCUCACAUAUCUGUGGGGCCUGGUCCUGCGACACAGGUGCUUGUCGCCGGUUUCGACCCUCUUUUACCCGAGUCGCAAUUGAAGGCAUUCUUGGGAGGUUACGGCGAGGUCUCAGAGGUGAAAAAUCAAACCGAUCCGGGCACUGGAAGUUUCCUGGGGAUAUGUUUGGUUCGGUACAAGGACAGUACACCAAUGCGGGGGGUAGCCCCGGUCAAAGCAUCUGACGCCGCUAAGCGAGCGGAGAGGGAGGGCAACAAUGAGCGCAUUGGUCUACGACAGGUCAAGAUACAGCUCGACCGGGAAGGUCGCAAGUGCCAGCGUCUCAUAAAAGCUACUUUGGAGCGUCAGCGACAAGAGAAGGAGAAGCUGUAUGCCGCGCAGAAAACGUCGGCUACUCCUGCAGCCAGCACUCCCACGGCCACCGCAUUCGGUCUCCCGCCGAAUGUUCCCAAGGGACCGUCUGGAAAGGGGGUUGGUAUGCGACCCCCAGAAGGACCUCGCCUCGCAGCAUUGCCCAAACCAGCCGCGCACGCUCUUCUGGAGAGAACUCCCAUUUUGCCAACAAUCAAGCGAAAACCAUACAUUUUCAUCGCACAUCGACAUGUUCCGGUACUCGGGACGACAAUACCACAUUUGAAAAAGCGGCUAAAGACUUACGAUUGGCGAGAUGUGAGGGUAGACGAGACCGGUUACUUCGUUGUAUUCGACGAUUCGAGAAGGGGAGAGGAAGAGACGAUGCGUUGCGCGAAAGAAUGUGGGGGAAAACAGCUGUUCACCUACAUUAUGGUCAUGGAAGCUCAACCGUACGGGAAUCCCAAUUACGAGCGCAGUCCUAGCCCUGAGCGCGCUGCUGCAGAGAAGAGUGAGCGUGAAGAGCAAGAGCGGCUUGUUAGGGAAGAAGAGUUGGACUUGGAGUACGAAAAGAAACGCAGAGCAGAAGACCUAGACCCCGUGAUUGCUGCACUUGAUCAGUUAAGACAAGAGCUUCGAGAUCGAGUAGUAGGUGAUAUCAAAGCCAGGAUAGCCGGGCCUGCACUCUUCGACUUUUUGGACCCAGAGCGUCAUGUUGCGAAAAGGAGGAAACUGGGAAUCCCAGAUCCCCAGAGCAAAGAGGUUAUGCAGCCUACCAUCUCCUUUAGUACGGGAAGCCUUACGCCAAACGGAACGCCAGAUUCACGAGCACAUGGCUUUGGCCGCUUUGGCCGUAAGGCUCUUGGUCCACACGAUUACAAUAUCGCCCGUGGACGCCGGAUGCCGAAGGUCACCAACGUUUUCCAGGAUGAACGUCGUAAGAAGUUGCCUCAGAGACGUAAUGUGGUUAGGGGAUUACAUCGCCAAAUGUUGGAUUUCUACGACGAUGAGAAAGACUCCGACGACGAAGGCCGAAGCUCUUUCACUCGGGACACCGAAGAGCAAGAAAGUAGGCCGCUCAGCCGCGCUGCUUCUUCAGAUAUUGAAGAUGAAGAACCCUCAUCAAGAGCACAUCGUGCGAAACGACGGAGACUGGAUGCUGGAUGGGGCGAAGAAAGCGAUGAUGAAAUGAUGGAUGAUUCUCAUGCUCGAGGUCUACUGGCCCAUCUCAUCGACAAGGAUCCGGAGGAUAUGGCCGAAAAGGAACUUGAGCAGGUCUUGGCUAUCCUUCCGAGAUCCUCGCCAAUCUGGAAGAAGGCCGAUCGGGCACUCAAAGGAGCACGCAAACUUCGCAGAACCUUUGAGGAGGCGGAUGCCCUCUUCUUUGGUAUCAAUCAUGAUGCACCGGACACGAAGGAUAUACCGCCGAUCGUGGAUAUUCGAGUCGAAGAUGAGGACGCGCGCGAGCCUGCUCUCACCAUCGAGCUUGAUGAUUCUGUCAAGGAUGUAAAGAAAAAGCCGACUAAGAAAAAGAAGACCAAGAAGCAAAUUUUCGAGGAACGCGAGGCUCUCAAAGCAGAAGCCAAGGCUACCAGCGAAGACACUCAGCCUGCUGAAGCGGAAGAAGAAACACCAGCCGCCGAAGAACCAAAAGCUGAAGUCGAGCUGUUCGAACCACCAGAGGAUGGUAAACGGGCAGAGGUCGAAUGGGGUGUCUCAGCUGACAAGCCACGGAGAACGGUCGAAGAUGAUCCCAGUGUCGUGCUGGACAUUGACGGAUGGCAACAUAUGCUCAAAGAUGAUGAAGAUCUCAAGUUCCUACGACAAGCACUGGAAUCAGAGCCGAUUUCUAAUCUGGGAGACGUCGAUCUUUGGGCAUGGAAGCAAAAGGGUAUCAAGACACUCAAUCGACAAGGGCAGAAGGGUGUGGUUCAUACCGAGACCCAGAUCGAAGGCUACUUCGUCCAAAACUCUACCGGUAGUGCCAGGACCGAAGGCGUCAAGAAGAUUCUCGAGUCCGAGAAGUCACAAUACCUGCCUCAUCGCAUUCGCGUCCAAAAGGCCCGGGAAGAACGCGAAGCCCGCGCAAACAACGACACCGCUGCCGUCGCCGACACCGCUGCUGCUGCUAAACUUGCUGCGGUUGCGAAGAUCGCUUCAACCGCCUCUUCUCGGUCUAAUCGCGCUAAUAACCGCCGUAUGGUCAAUGACAUCAAUACCCAGAAGCAGAUGAGUGCCGAGGGUGAUGCCAUGCGCUUCAACCAGCUCAAGAAACGGAAGAAGCUCGUCAAGUUCGACCGCUCUGCCAUCCACAACUGGGGCCUGUACGCCGAAGAGAACAUCGCCAUCAACGACAUGAUCAUCGAGUAUGUCGGCGAGAAAGUGCGGCAGCGAGUGGCAGACUUGCGGGAGAAGAAGUACGACUUGCAAGGCGUCGGAAGCAGCUACCUCUUCAGGAUCGACGAAGACACUGUCAUCGAUGCCACUAAGAUGGGUGGCAUUGCGCGCUUCAUCAAUCAUAGCUGUACACCGAACUGUACGGCGAAGAUUAUCAGGGUGGAUGGGACUAAGCGGAUUGUGAUCUACGCUCUGAAGGACAUUGCUAAGAACGAAGAACUCACCUACGACUACAAGUUCGACCGCGAGAUCGACAGCACGGACCGUAUUCCCUGUCUCUGCGGUUCGGUGGGCUGCAAGGGCUUCCUCAACUAA